UGAGACCCAGCUGUGCAGCACUUCCUAGGCAGCGCUUUUAUGGGGGGACGGGCUUGGGACGGGGCGCUUGCGUUUGGACACCACUUCGGUUGUGAGGAAAGCUGUGAAGCUAAAAAUAGGACCUGAGACUUGAGAUUUAGAAACUGCAGGAGAUAUGAUCUCAGCACCGAGGAGCAUGCAUUGAAUAGGUAGAUCAAACCUUGCUUGAACCAGAAGUUCCGAGGUGCAGACCAAAUUUAACGUUCUUAUUGCCAAUUUGUGACCGGAUAUGAGCUAGCCCAAUCACGCGGUUGUUGGAAGCUGCCGGAUAGAUGAUUUUUCCUACUAGGUGCAAGUAGUGACAUUCCAUAAUGGAGCGUAUCUCCCCCGAUGCCGGGCCAUCCUACCUGCUCGAUUGCGACCUGUUCUCAGACGCAGGGGAGGAGCAAGCUACAAUGCUGUCCAGAAUUCCUCAAAAGCCAGGCGACUAUGCAGAUCGCAGUUACUGGCAGGAAAGGUAUAGGGCGGAAGAGGGCGUUUCUUAUGAUUGGUACGGCUGCUCGUUCGAUGAUUUCUGGUCUGAAGCACGGAAGGCGUGUCUGUCAAACAAGUAUGUACAGGCGCUAGAGAUUGGGAGUGGAAACUCUGAGUGGAGCCGCCUGGCUGCAAACAGGGGCUGGCAGAUCACUAGCACGGACAUAGACUGGGGGGUCCUCCGUGCACAAGACCAAAACGGAUACAACGGCAUCGAGAAGCUUGCUGUCGACGCGCGGAGGUUACCUUUUGCUGACGGCUGCUUCGACGUGGCGUUCGAAAAAGGGACGCUGGAUGCCAUCUCGUGCGGCGCAUGCGGGCAAUCUAACGUGGCUUCUGUGGCCCUCGAGCUGCUUCGUUGUUUAAGACUGGGUGGCGUGUUCUUUCUAGUCACCGCAAAAGAGCCCUCAGGAUUUCUGAGUAUAGCACAUGCAACACACUUACGAACCCGAAACAAAGAUUGGACAGGUAAUUACAGUUGGCAAGCACAGGCCUCUGUUUCCAAAGGCGGGGUCUGGAUCGUUGCCCUUGUCAAGAAGGUUCGUUGAUGAGUCCGGAAUUGGGGCCCUUGGUCCUAAUCAGGCGGUCCUGGGUCCAUGCAACUUUCAUGAUAGGGCCGAGUAUUGUAAAGUCAAAGUUGAAGCCUCGGAUGCACACGGGCAAUGCACCGUGCUAUGCAUGCUGCAUGUAAACACACGUUAGCUUCGGAAGCACGACGGUUUAAUUAAGUUGAUCUGCUUAAGGUCAGACCUCAAUCGUGGCAGAAUUACGCGGCGG